AUGGAUUUCCACUUGCGAUGCAAUUCGCUUAAAUGCAGGGCGCAAUUGAAGGAGAGGGCCGUGGUAACGACUUGUUCUCACAUCUUCUGCCUUGGAUGCGCAGACGGUCUCGGCCUUUCACUUCCCACGGCAGACGAUCGCCGAUGCCCUGCCUGCCAGACUGUACUUUCCAAUCCUGAUGAUGCCGUGUCCACCAUCUUGAACCCAACAGAAGACUACAAAACAAGUGUGCUGAGUGGACUCGACCCGAACACAAUCAUGGAGUGCGCUGGCCGGGCAUUGGGAUUCUGGGCUUAUCAAAGUACCCAAGAGAUAUUCUACCAGGAAUUCCUUGGGAAGAGCCUCACCGACAAGUAUGCCAGUCUGAGCACACAGAUGGACAAGGUCAUCCACAAUGCAAACUCAGAGAUCUCAACCUUGCAUAGCAAAGUCUCAGACUUGCAAGCAGCACAAGAACAAUUGCAGAAAAAGAAUCAAGAACUCGUCGAUCUUUACCGCGAUAAAUCAAAGAAGCUCACCCAAAUGAGAAACCUCUACAACCUGCUCAAGGCUCGCGCCAUGAAAUCCCGAAUGGAGACCGCCGCUUCGGAGAACGUUUCUCAAACCCUGAAUACCAUCUCACCACGCACUGGUCCGGCCAUGCCCCCAGCCCAACCUGGAACGUCAAUGCCGAAUAUCCAAAAAGCCCGUACUCCCAAAACACAUUCGUUCCCUUUUAGCCCUGAAGGCGUGGAGCAGCUACACCGUUACCAACGCAGUGGGACUGGGAGCUCGAAAAUGUCGAGACCACAGAUGGGAGGCAAGUCAGCCAUGCCACCUCCAGGGGGUCAUGCAGUUUUUAAUAUUCGGACUGCUCAAACAAAUGCGACGAAUCAACAGCAUCGAACCCGUCUUCCACAUCAAAAUCGCCCGCCGACAGUAACGUCUCAGCUUCCUCCAGAGAAUGAGAUUCUUGCACGCUUUGGAAAUUAA